GACCAAACUGCAAGUGUUUCGUGUGGGGAGAACAGUAUGACGGUUUCUCUGGUAAAGCAAAGAUUCAACUACUUUACAGUCAAUCAGCUACGCUUACGCUAUGGCUCAUGCAAAGCCACCGAGAACUCCACCCACUUCUUGAUCGGCACCUCUUUAGAUAGCUGUGGGACGCAGCGAAACGAAACCGAAGAUUAUCUAAUCUUUUGGAAUGAGGUCCUAGCCGACGCCCUGAUAAUCAAUGGUGUGGUUACUCGUUCACAUCAUAUAAAACUGCCAUUUUACUGCCGAUACUCCAGAGAGAAGUUAAUGAGUCUGGCCUUCACACCUCAGAGGAUUUACUACGGGAAUGAAAGUAACUAAACUUAAUUGAUAUCUUUAUUUAGGAGUCGAUGUGAUUAACAUCGCACAACUGACGUCAUUAACGUUAAAGGGACCUCAAGUCGGUUUUUUUAGCAUGAAGCGAUCAAGAGAAUCGCAGGCUAACCCGGCCUCGGUAAGUUAUCAGGGUUCACUGUCCGUUUUGUUCCCAUCUAUACUAGGAGUGGAGAAGGAUACCGUCAGAGUCGUGUUUUGCCCCCAAAAAAAAUCGCAAUGACCUAGCCAGGGCUUGAGCGAUAACUACCAGGCUACUGCACAUGUCCCCUGUGCAAUUCAGAGUGACCCACGCAGAUAGAAGGAUAAUUGAUGAAAAUCUCAAAUCCUCUGGGUAAUUGCAAAGUGAAACGGAGCAGUUAGGCUCGGAACAAACCAGAGCAUUCCGACCGAACCUUAGACGUCCAGAUAAAAAGCUCUAAACCGUGUAAACCACUCUGCCAUGCCAGCUUCACUUGGGAAUCUGGACCUCUGAAGAAAAUUUCGCUGUAUGAUUAAGUACAACUUUUUUUUUUUAGGGAAGUGACUGGGGUUAUUACCUGAAAUAGAUAUUUCCUUCGACCUUUGUCAUGAAAUGCCCUGUAUGAACUAAAUACUCCCUUGUUUUAAUGCAAUCCUAUGAAUGUUCCAUAAGGUACCUUUUCAGCUGGUUAUAAUGACAAAAAUAAGGAAGAAGCUGACAUAAUCUUUUUUUUUAUAAUUUUCACUAUUUAGCGGGAUAUGGUUCGUUCACUUUCAAGAUGGACUUCUAUAGGAAUUCGUCUUUUACCACGCCCUUCACGGAGCAAGACUACCCUCUAUCAGUGGUUCUGAAUGAAUAUGUGUAUUUACAGUACAGUGUGGCGUCCUCAGCUGAUUUAGUCAUCAUGGCUGAGAACUGUAAGGCGACUAAAGACGCAAGCUUUUAUUCGUGGCCGCAAUACACCUUCCUCCAAAACGGGUAAGCAUAUAAAUAUACCGUGAUCAAGCAGAACCAGCUGCUAGUUAAGCUUUCAAAACUUUCAAAGCUUGAUACGAUUUUCGCAACAUAAUAUAAAAGGCUGUGGCUAAGACAGCCUAUAUAAUAAAACUAGUGAAUAACAACGCUGGAACCCUUCAAUUUGAAGCGUUGGGGGAGACCAACAUAUUCAUUUUUAAUCGCUAUUUGGUCCUUGGUUUUUAUAUGGUCUUGUUGGUGAACCGAUCUUACAAAAGAGUCCAUACCGAGGCUCUACUAUUUACAAUUUCAUUCAUUUCAUUCUCUUAUUGUUGUCGAUUUUUUAUUAUUUCAACGAAAAGAUGCCCUACAGAUUCGACGCUUGACUACAGUUAUAAUCCAACUCGACACUACCAACAGUUUAAAAUCCGAGCGUUCAGAUUUUGGAACGACUACGACACAGUGUACUUCCAUUGUGAUCUGCUGGCCUGUCACCGUAAUUAUCCUGAUUCUAGGUUGGUCUCAAAUUAUUCAGUUACAUUGCAAACAAGGGAAGUCGGUCUGAUAUCACCUUGCUGGAUUUUAGAAAGCUGCAAAAUGUGUCAGCCGACUUUCCUUUUUCUUGUUUGGUUGUUGUCAAAUCGGUGAAAUGCUUUCACAAAAAGUAUCAAAUCUGGCCUGAGUGAUGUGAUUGAUGAAUUCUGUGAAUGAUAAAGUUUUAUCCUUGGUAUCGAUAUUAAUAUAUAUUUUGCGUGCUAAUCAAGUGCACUGUUCUGCCGGAGCUAAUCCAAACUCAUCCCCGUACCUUAAAUAUUGCUAUCCUUCCAGCGCGGAGCACUGGUCCAUCGUAGAAGGUUGCGUCAAUGCUCUUUGUAAAGUUUUCCCUGACACUUCUUUACUAUUAGCUUACACUCCUGGUUCGAGACAGGUAAUUUAGAGGAAAGUGGCUUGCUCAUGUCAAUAAACAACACGAUAGAUUUAAAUGGGCAAGCACCUAGACCUUUCGUUCAUGAUCACGGUGCAAUUACCAUUUAAGGCCAUCUCGAUUACUAACACCUUCUUAAUUAAGGAUUGCUUGAAACGCUUAUAGAGAGGAAAUAUAAACAAAGUUCAGGCAAGGUUAAGGCGGCUCACUGAUCCAAAAGUAAUAAAAACUUUUAAAAUGUGGCUAUUCAGAAAUGCAUUGCUGAUUCUUUUGCAUUUUUGUCCACGUGCUAAUCAUUUGUAAUUCAAAAUCCAACGAACACUUUUGCAGGUGCAGUAAGGGCUGUAUAAAGAACAAAAGAAAGAGAAGAGAAGUGACACGAGAUGGAGACCAAGAAGAAAGUACAAACAAAGUCAUUCUUACAGGUGGACCUAUAGUAUUCGAGGCGGCUAAAGAAGACGAACUACUCGAUCACCGUAGGUUUUUGCAAAAAUAACUCGUUAAUACAAUGCUUUUAUCUGUUUGUUACGUUACGAUCCUUUUCAUGAAUCGGGUCUAAAAACUCAAAGCUGCAUUAGUGUGACCGCGUCUUUCACACGAUCCUACUACUAUUUGUAAGGGAAGAAUGACACCUUCUGAAGUGUAUGUAUCGAUUCAUAGCAAAGAUGAGGAUUUAUAUCCAAUGUCCAACACCCAUGCGCUAAAACCACAACCAAGCAUUCUUUUGAGACCCCGCUGUCCUCCCUCCUUAAUGAGAAAAACUUUUUUUUACCCCUGUUACUGCUUCUUUGCAAAAGGAUGCGUCGUUUAUCUGUACCGUCAGAGCCCAGCCCUUAACCUGUGCUCAGCAAUACAUUUGCAUCUCUUACCCGACUCUUUAAUGAUAACAAAGUCUCAUAGAUUUUUUCCAGCCUCAACAUACAAGCCACGAUUCUUUUGGCCGGCGCGAUAAAACUAGAGGGAUCCGUCCUAUUCACCAAGCAUUUCACGAAUCUGAUUGGCUGUUAGGGAAAAUGAAUCGCAAAGCAAGAUCCAGAACUUAAUUCUUUAAGAGGCCUUGACCCUCGUCGCUGACUGAAACGAUCACGACUCAGAGAUUGAGACUUGAAUGAUUUGGUUCAGCAGGAGAAUGAAAUGCGUUCUUGUCUAUUGUUUCAUAGAGCCAAUUCAAAGUAAACAUAAAGCUCUCAUCGGUGGUGUGGCAGGCGCUGGAGUAUUUGGACUGGUCGCAGUUGUAGCUCUGGUUGUUUUGUUGGUCAAGUUCCGAAGGACGCAACGGUUA